GUAGUUACAAGCUUCAGCUUCUCUCUUCUUCUUCUUCUGCGAAUCCAAAAUGGAGCCAUCACUAAAACCCAAUCCUUUCCUCUCUUUCUCCUCUUUCCUCCACACCCACUGUAACCGCUUCGCCUCCGACCUCUCCGCCCGAUUCGAAGACACCAAACGCUUCGCCGAAUCCCUAACCACUCGACGUUUCUCUCCUCCGCCCUUCGCCUCCGUCUCUCAGUCCCCCAAGCCUUCUUCCGCUGGAACCUCUACUGCUACUUUGAACCCAUCUCACGUCGCUAAAGCUCUCGCUGGCACGUCGGUCUUCACGGUCAGCAACACCAAUAACGAGUUCGUUCUCAUCUCGGACCCUACCGGCGAAAAGUCUAUCGGUUUGCUCUGUUUCCGACAAGAGGACGCCGAAGCUUUUCUCGCUCAGGCGCGCCUCAGGAGAAGAGAGUUGAAAGCCAAUGCUAAGGUUGUUCCCAUCAAUCUGGACCAGGUGUACUUGUUAAAAGUUGAGGGGAUUUCUUUUCGCUUCUUGCCAGACCCAAUCCAAAUAAAGAACGCUAUGGAGCUCAAAUCUUCGAGUAGUAAGAAUGGGUUUGAUGGAGUUCCGGUAUUCCAGUCUGAGCUUCUUGUUGUGAGGAAAAAGAAUAAACGUUACUGCCCUGUAUAUUUCAGUAAGGAAGAUAUAGAGAAGGAACUUUCAAAGUAUACAAGAGCGUCAAGAGCAGAUCAACAAAUUAUGGUUGGGAGUUUGGAAGAUGUCUUGAGGAAAAUGGAGAGGAGCGAGAAGAAUUCAGGUUGGGAAGAUGUAAUAUUCAUUCCACCAGGAAGAAGUUAUGCACAACACAUGCAGGAGGUGAUCAAAGAGUAAACAAAGAUGAGAGACACUGUAUGUAGUUUUCAUUUGAUAAAAUAAAAACAACUUGUCUUGAGAUUUUGCAAUAUUAUCAUUGCCCAAAGAGCUCAACGCACUUUCAGUUAUCGUU